GUACAGAGAGAAGCCAAAUUACGUGGGAGCAGCUUUUACAGGGAAAUUGUGCCUCCGAAAUUUUGAUGCAGCCAUAGCUCUGUAUGAGAAGACGAUCACUUUGGAGACCUUCUCAGUCAUUCUGGCUCAACUGCUCGGUUUCAGCCUGGGGAUGGAAUAUGAAGACGGCAAAGACUGCAAAUGCCCUGGAGCCGUCUGUAUAAUGCACACGAAUGCAGUUAAUUCAAACGGAAUUAAAAAAUUCAGCAGCUGUAGCAUUGUCGACUUCCAAAAUUUCAUUAAGUUCAAAAGCCCCCCUUGCCUUUCUAAUCGGCCAAACUUGAAAUUGUAUUCUCGGAAGAAACUGCCCAAAGGCAGAUCAGCUUGUGGGAAUGGUAUUUUGGAACCUGGAGAGAAAUGUGAUUGUGGAAGCAUUGAGCAUUGCAAAAGGAGUAAAUGUUGUACCAGCAGUUGUACGUUUCAGAGGGGAGCCGUCUGCAGUAAUGAAUUAUGCUGUGAAAAUUGCAAGUUCAAGCCAAGAGACACAAUAUGCAGACAACCGUUAGACAAGCAUUGCGACUUUCCCGAGUACUGCAAUGGGAGUUCGGCUAUUUGCCCGGACAAUGUUUAUGUCCAGAAUGGUGCCGGCUGUGCUUCUAACACCGGCUUCUGUUACAGUGGAUCUUGUCAAUCAGCCGACUUGCAUUGCCAGGAAUUCUUCGGAUCACGGUCAAGAAACGCUCCACAAGUCUGCUACGAAGUGAAUAGCCAGGCUGAUAGAUUUGGGCACUGUGGCAUCGAUCUCAAAAGGAACUUUAAAACUUGCUCUCUUCGGGAUCUCAGAUGUGGAAAGUUAAUUUGCACAUAUCCCUACGGCACUCCUUACACUAAAAUUAACGUCCCCGUCUUAUAUAUGCCGGUGAAGAAUGUUGUCUGCGUUUCAUUGGACCUUAAACAUCCAGAAGGCACACCCGACCCUAUGAUGGUGAAAGAGGGUACAAAAUGCGGACUUGGUAAGAUUUGCCUCAGACAAAAAUGCGAAAACCAUGGAAAUCUGAAUUAUGAUUGUAACUCUGCGAAGAAAUGCUCAGGACAUGGGGUAUGUAAUAACAAAAGAAAUUGCCACUGCGACCCAGGCUGGGCUCCUCCAGACUGUCGGAUAAAAGGAAGCCCGAUGGGAGGAAGUAUUGACAGCGGACUUCGCUAUCUGGAUCUGGAUCUUGCAAAAAAGGCCAGAGAAGACACCAUGAGGACGUGGAUCCUGCUUAGCAUUUUCCUGUUCCUGCCCAUUAUUAUUGGAAGCAGCCUUCUGGCUUUUAAAUGGAAACGUAUCAAAAAAUCUUGCUUCGAAGAUGAUGAACUGGAUGAGGAUUCCGAGUCUUUUUCUAGAUCAGAAGAGAGUAACACAUCGGAAAAAACAAGUUUCAGCUAAACAGAUCUGAUGUGAGCGGAGGAAAAUUACACAGCGGCUUUCCACGGAAGAAAAGAGGACGCAAGAUCACUGCACAUUUAUGUAUAUGCCAUCUAAUAAAUCACGGUUUAAAGCACGAA